AUGUCCACCGCAGUUAUCUCCGCCGAGGAUGCCCUUGAGCCCUCUCUGCAGUCUCUCCUGGACCAGCGAAGCCUUCGUUGGAUCUUUGUCGGUGGCAAGGGUGGUGUCGGCAAGACCACGACUUCUUGCUCUCUCGCGAUUCAGCUUGCCAAGGUCCGACGCUCUGUUCUUCUCAUCUCGACCGAUCCCGCCCACAACCUUUCAGAUGCUUUCUCUCAGAAAUUUGGCAAAGAGGCCCGCCUCGUCAAUGGGUUUGACAACCUGAGUGCCAUGGAGAUCGACCCGAAUGGUAGCAUUCAGGAUAUGUUAGCAGGCCAGGGCGAGGCCGAUGAUGUCAACGCUGCGGCUGGUGGUCCUCUGGGAGGCAUGAUGCAGGAUCUGGCAUUCGCAAUCCCUGGUAUCGACGAGGCUAUGUCCUUUGCCGAAGUCCUGAAGCAAGUCAAGUCCCUCUCAUACGAGACCAUCGUCUUCGACACAGCCCCAACAGGCCACACCCUGCGCUUCCUCCAGUUUCCCACCGUUCUCGAGAAGGCUCUCGCAAAGGUUUCUCAGCUAUCGUCACAGUACGGUCCUCUCCUCAAUGGCUUCCUUGGCUCCGGAGGCCAGCUACCCAAUGGACAGAACCUCAAUGAUAUGAUUCAGAAACUUGAAUCCUUGCGAGAGACCAUCGGCGAGGUUAAUACUCAGUUCCAGGACGCCGAACUCACCACGUUUGUCUGUGUGUGCAUUGCAGAGUUUCUGAGUCUCUACGAGACGGAGCGUAUGAUUCAGGAGCUUGCUGGUUAUGGUAUCGAUACCCACUCCAUCGUUGUCAACCAGCUGCUCUUCCCAAAGAAGGCUAGCGAUUGCGAUCAGUGCAACGCCCGUCGCAAGAUGCAGCGCAAGUAUCUUGACCAGUAUGAAGAACUAUAUGCUGAGGACUUCAAUGUCGUCAAGAUGCCUCUCCUUGUUGAGGAGGUACGAGGAAAGGAGAAGCUUGAGAAGUUUAGCGAAAUGCUUGUUACGCCCUAUGUUCCUCCUGAGUAA